CUCGUCCGGCUUUGGGAUAGAUUGGGGAGGGGCGCAAAUUGUCCAUCUUGAACUUGGAGAACAUAAGACGAGAAGGGCAGCCUCUGAUUUCAGGUCCCGCUUUGAUUCUAGCUACCAGCUUGCAAAGCGCUAUAUAUGUUGUUGCACCCACAUGAGCAUCGCUUCACCUAUCCAAGAGCCAAGUCCCAUUACAGAAGUAGAGCUGAGAAAACGUGCUUCGUUUCAGCUUCUUGUUGCAGCUGAUUGAUUGGCUGCAGCUGCAACCAGCUAGCCAGAUUCAUUGCCAGCAGCAUACCACUCUUUCCUCAACAAAGGCCCGCAUCCUUCAAGCACGCCAGUGGUAGGUAACAAUCACUGCUGUGAGACCCCGUUGGCAAGGAGGGAUAUUCUGUGGUGGUGCUUAUUGGAACUGGCGAACCAGGAAAGCGUACCUUUUCUUAGCUGUUGGAAGGAGCCACCAUAAGCAUCGAGCUCUCUGCCUUCUUCUCCGCUGAGCUAGUGAAGGCAGUGAAACGGUUUUGAGGGUGUGUCAAACCAGUAUAGGACAGUGAAAGUGUGUGCCCAACAAGGUACCGGUCGAAACCAAAACUUCUGGUGUGCUACAACACGCACAGGGGGAAACUUUAGAGCCCUUCGAGUGAGCUCAAGAGGGAUCCCUGACAAACAACUUUCUCUCAGAACCAGAACUAGCACCUGCUGAACUGACCCUUGACCACGAUUAACACAAUCAGGACACACAACAGGAUGGCAGCUGCAAGGGGCUCCCUUUUAAUGCCAGCUGGCGGGCUGCUGGUGGUUCUCUGUGUCGUUGUCUUCUUUGUCCAAUCUGUGCAAGCGGUAAACGCCACGGCGCCGGCGAACUCCACCUCGCUGCUGUCGGUGAUUGACUACAGCCCAGAUCACGUCAGCUACUCUGGGAACAUCGUCACCCUCAAAAUGGACUCACAGUCUGGGUCGAGAGUGCACUCUGUUGGCCGGUACGCCUACGGAGUUUUCUCAGCAGAUAUCAAGUGCCCCGCCGGAGAUACAGUGGGUUUGAUUCCCACUUUCUACACGUCCAGCUUGGAAGGAAGCGAAUACAAGGAUGAGCUCGACUGGGAGUUCCUUGGCAAGAACAGUUCGAUUAUCCAGACGAACGUCUGGGUCGACGGAGUCGGCAAGCGGGAGGCAGUGCACGACCUGGGCUUUGACUGCUCCCAAGCAUUCCACAAAUACACAAUUGACUGGAACCCCUUGCGCGCAAAGUGGUUUAUCGACGGGCAACUUGUGCGGACGUACGUAAACACGGGCAACGCCUCCGAGUAUCCCACCAAGCCCGCGUACGCUUAUGCCUCGAUUUGGGACAGCGGGUAUCCCGGAGAGGGAUGGAACGGACGUGCCACAUAUGCAAACGCCCCGUACUUCUACCAACUGGCCAACGUCACGGUCAGCAGCCCGGGGAGUUCUACCGGGCCGUCCUCCGCCCCCAGGCCCGCCCCAGCACGGAGCCCGGUUGGGAGCCCCGUGAGGAGCCCGGUCAAAAUUACCCUUCCCGGCCGAAAGCUUUUCAGAUGACCUCAGAGCUGCGACUGAGUUAUGGUCGUUGACGUCAAGGUCUGCUAAUAAUUAGCAUGUACGGCGUCACGACGUGACCCUGUUGGGUUGCGCUGAUUCUCUAUUUAUGAGCAGAGUCUUGAAAGGGUUGUGUAGACCUUUGCCUAAUAUAGGUAUUUGAACUGGAAACGGGUUCUGUAUGCCAAAGAUGACAACAGGCGACAGUCGACAAUUUUGAUCAAUACACUAGUAGAUCGAUGCACCAACACAGUAUCAGCAUAGGACCCUGAUCGACUCGAUGAAUCAUCGAAGCCGAAUUAGUCGAAGUUGAAGGGCGUUUCGAUGGGUAGUUUCGUUUUCGUUGAGGAUUAUUGGAUUGAUGCAGGGAGCAUUGAUAGCUGGUUGAAAUGUUAAAUUCGAGUAAUCAAAGAGAGUCAAAAGGUCAAACCUUUUGCACGAGGCAGGGACGGCCGGAUCUCUAGCUAGCUGUUUUGUAGAUCGACAAGAACUAAGAUUCUGGUGUAUUUGAAUAGCAGCUAGAGAGCGACAUUGACUAGGACUGCAACAGAGGAAUCCGUAGUUGAGCGCUAAUAUUGAUUGCGGAGAAGGAGAAGAGUACAGUUGGAUAAGUUAAGGUACGGCCGGCCGGCAACAGCAGUAAUUGUAUAGACCGUGAAGAAGGGUAAGUCGGACUAGUUCCACUAGUCUGUUAUUUUGGACUGCUGGCAUGCUGACAACCAGCAGACAACAGCCUCCAUCAUUGGCCAACUUAAAGGAACAUCAAGUAAAACUCAUGUAGGAGAUCGUAUCUCAUCAUGGCAUGACAACGGGAUCUAGAGUUUGACGGAUUAGUGAUGAGCUCUUCAAGAGCCAAGCUAGCUGAGCCGGCGGCCUAUAUAUAUAGGUACUAGUCUGUGCGACUCCAAGCUGCUCGGACGUUGACGCCCU